UACGCUUAUAUAUUUAAGAGGGAAAAAGUCUUGCUAAUUUUUUUUCCCUCUAAUAAAAUUUCGUUGCUGAAAACUUAUAAAGCCGAAGUAACUCGAGGUUGAAAAACACUGAUGUAGGAGCCGACGACGUUGUAGUUCGUGGAGGAGGUAGCAAGAAAGAGAGGAACGGAGGUGCGCGUUCGCAGCAACGAAACAAAUAGGCCGGCGACUUUCACCGCGCGACCAAGAGCGGUUGUGUAGUGGCGGAGGCGCAGAUCAAGGCACAGUCGGACUCGUAGUCGAGAGAGACGGUUAACUGUUCUUCGGGAAUCGAGUAAAUUUUUUUUUUUUGCGAUCGUGCUUCAGUGCUUUUCCCUAACGAAAUCUCUCGAUCCGUUUCUCUGACGAGCCUGAAGAAAGCGACAAUUUUGUUUCGAGAGAGCCGCAUACCAAGUGUAUCCUGUGUACAAGUUUUUUUCACCGUUGCACCCGCACAUGAUUGCCACAUCCGGAACAACCGUAAAAUCAUACGAUUCGAGAAUUCGUAUAUACGGAUCGAAGGUGAUCGAUGCGAUCUCGCACUGCUUGCAAAUAGACAAUAUCAGUGGGAUGUGUUCUCCAGAACAUUUUUGACACGAAAAAGAGGGAACGAUAAAGGAAGCGUGAAGAAGACGCGCGCGCGUACUAUGCAUGUGGCAUAAGAGAAAUGCUCAGGCGUGAUCUCGGCAAGACCAAGUGACACACGAUGACACGACGACGACGGCCGUUCCGUAGUGUCGCGUCGCUCUGCGCAAUCAUUUGGACACUUUGGAUCGCGGUGCCUGCUGGAACCGGAGCGGGGCAUAAUUAUGUGAACAGCAAACAGAGAUACGAUGGAUUUUACAACAAUUUGGCUCAUUCUGAUUGGGGAGCAAUUGACAGUAGACUAAUUCGAAAGGUCCCAGCGGCAUAUUCCGAUGGCGUUUAUGCAAUGGCUGGCCAAGACAGGCCAUCUCCCCGAAAACUUAGCGACUUAUUCAUGCAAGGCGACGAUGGCCUGCCGUCGGUGAAAAAUCGGACCGCGUUAUUCGCCUUUUUCGGACAGCUGGUCACGUCGGAGAUAAUUAUGGCUAGCGAAAGCGGUUGCCCCUUAGAAUUUCAUCGAAUUGACGUAGACAAAUGUGAUCCGGUUUUCGACAAAGAGUGUCAAGGUAACAAGUACAUUCCAUUUCUCCGAGCGGAUUACGAUCGUCAAACCGGGCGCAGUCCCAACAGUCCACGAGAACAGAUAAACAAAGUGACGAGCUGGAUCGACGGUAGUUUCGUUUAUUCGAGCAGUGAGGCAUGGGCCAACACAAUGCGCGCGUUCAAGAACGGCAGUCUUCUCAUGGAACAGACGAGGCAAUUCCCCGUGAGAAACACUAUGCGCGCACCUCUUUUCAAUCACGCAGUGCCUCAUGUCAUGCGAAUGCUUAGCCCGGAGCGUUUAUAUCUGCUUGGCGACCCACGAACGAAUCAGCACCCACCGUUGUUGGCUCUGGGAAUUUUAUUCUAUCGGUAUCACAAUGUCUUGGCCGCUCGCAUGCACAGAGAGCAUCCCGACAUGUCCGACGAAGAAAUUUUUCAGAAGACACGUCGGAUGGUCACAGGAACGAUUCAGAACAUAAUCCUUUAUGAAUAUCUUCCGACAUUGCUAAAUGAGAACCUGCCGUCAUACGCCGGUUACAAAUCGGAUCUACAUCCGGGUAUCAGUCAUAUAUUUCAAAGCGCCGCUUUCCGUUUCGGCCAUACUCUUAUACCGCCGGGCAUAUAUCGGCGGGACGAGAAGUGCGAAUAUAGGAAGACCAACACAGAUCAACCGGCUAUCAGAUUGUGUUCUACAUGGUGGGACUCGAACGAGAUUUUGGCCAACAGCACGAUUGAAGAAUUGAUUAUGGGCAUGGCGUCGCAAUUGGCGGAGAAAGAAGACAAUCUUCUCGGCACCGACAUUCGGAACAAUCUGUUCGGACCCAUGGAAUUUUCGCGUCGAGAUCUCGGCGCCCUGAACAUCAUGCGAGGCCGCGACAACGGUCUUGCGGAUUACAACACGGCAAGGGUGCAUUUCAAAUUAGCCAGACGGAAAACGUGGAAUGAGAUCAAUCCUGAAUUGUUCAAUAAGAAUCCGUCACUGCUGCGCGCUCUCAUUGAAAUUUACUCGAAUAAUCUCAACAACGUUGACGUCUACGUUGGCGGAAUGCUCGAAUCCAAGGGUGGCCCCGGCGAACUCUUCACCGCGGUCAUAAAAGAGCAGUUCCUCCGCUUGCGAGAUUCUGAUAGAUUUUGGUUCGAAAACGAGGAAAAUGGUAUUUUUACGAAAAGCGAAAUAGAGGAAAUUCGUCGCAUCACUCUUUGGGAUGUAAUCACAAACGCGACCAAAAUACCAUCCGAUGCGAUACAAAGACGAGUGUUUCUUUGGCAAAACGGUGAUCCGUGUCCUCAGCCUUUUCAAUUGAAUUCGACCAUGCUCGAGUCGUGUGUUCCCUUACAGCGUCACGACUAUUUUGAGGGUAGCGAACUUGUGUACAUCUACGCCUGUGUGUUUCUUGGAUUCGUACCGAUUCUCUGUGCCGGUGCAGGAUACGGGCUGGUAAAAUUGCAAAACAGACGGCGGCGAAGACUGAAAAUACUUCAGGAAGCAAUACAAAAGCAAAACGGCGGUCGGAUCUGUGUUGAUAAAAUGAUUGUACGUGAGUGGCUGCAUGCGAACCAUCGUCGUCUCGUGAAGGUGAAAUUCGGACCGGAAGCAGCGUUGCAUAUCGUCGAUCGAAAAGGAGAGAAACUACGCACGUUCGACUUCGGUGGCAUUAACACCAUAACUAUGGAGGCAUCACAGGAGAGUGAAACCGGACAUCGUAAGGCCCUAGUGUUAUUACGUAUACCACGCGAUUACGACCUUGUCCUUGAACUCGAUUCGCUGGCUUCACGUAGAAAGUUUAUUGCGAAAUUGGAGGCGUUCCUGGCGUCGCAAAAAAAGCAUUUCACACUCACGCAAGUCGCACGGGAUGUUAUGUUAGCAAAAGCGGAAACUAAAGAGCGCCGACAAAAGAAGCUUGAACAGUUCUUCAGAGAAGCGUACGCUUUGACUUUCGGUUUACGGCCCGGCGAACGGAGACGGCGAUCGGAAGAUAGUGAUACCGGAGAGGUCAUUACGGUAAUGCGUACGUCACUUUCCAAAAGCGAGUUUGCAAGCGCUCUUGGCAUGCGGCCUGAUGCAGUUUUCGUGAAGAAAAUGUUCAACAUUGUCGACAAAGACGGCGAUGGCCGGAUUUCCUUUCAAGAAUUCUUGGACACGGUUCUGCUGUUUUCACGUGGUAAAACCGAGGACAAGUUGCGCAUCAUCUUCGACAUGUGCGAUAAAGAUAGCAACGGCGUGAUUGACAAAGAAGAGUUGUCAGAAAUGUUAAGAUCGCUGGUGGAAAUAGCACGUACCACGAGCCUUUCGGAUGAUCACGUCACAGAAUUAAUUGACGGCAUGUUCCAGGAUGCUGGGCUCGAGAGGAAGGACUAUCUCACGUACAACGACUUCAAAUUAAUGAUGAAAGAAUACAAAGGAGAUUUUGUUGCGAUUGGUCUCGAUUGCAAGGGUGCUAAACAGAAUUUCCUCGAUAUGUCGACGAACGUCGCGCGCAUGACCAGCUUUCAUAUCGAUCAAUUGCCCCCAGAAGAUUCGAAAAGCUGGACGCGCAAGCAAUGGGAUGCUAUAUCGACCUUUCUCGAAGAGAGUAGACAGAAUAUAUUCUAUCUUUUCCUGUUUUACGUUAUCACCAUAGCUCUCUUUGUCGAGAGAUUUAUUUAUUACUCUUUCAUGACGGAACAUACGGAUCUGAGACAUAUAAUGGGCGUUGGAAUUGCCAUAACCAGAGGUUCGGCAGCCGCUCUGUCCUUUUGCUACAGUCUUUUACUAUUAACGAUGUCACGUAAUCUACUGACAAAGCUGAAGGAAUUUUCGAUCCAGCAGUACAUACCUCUAGACUCGCACAUACAAUUUCACAAGAUCGCAGCGUGUACAGCGCUCUUUUUCUCCGUGCUGCAUACGGUUGGCCAUAUAGUCAACUUUUAUCACGUCUCCACGCAGCCGAUAGCGCAUCUUCGCUGCCUCACUAGCGAAAUCAGCUUUCCCAGCGACGCGCGGCCUACUAUUUCCUUUUGGCUGCUUCGAACGGUGACCGGUUUAACCGGUAUUCUUCUGUUCGUCGUUAUGACAAUCAUUUUUGUCUUCGCACAUCCGACCAUACGACAGAAGGCUUACAAAUUCUUUUGGUCGACACAUAGUCUCUAUGUAGUCUUGUACGCAUUGUGCCUGAUCCACGGCUUGGCCCGCUUGACAGGUGCGCCGCGAUUUUGGAUAUUCUUCGUUGGCCCGGCGAUUAUUUACGCCCUGGACAAAGUCGUGAGUCUGCGAACAAAAUAUAUGGCGCUGGAUAUCAUCGAAACGGAAUUAUUACCAUCUGACGUGAUAAAGAUUAGAUUCUACAGACCACCAAAUUUGAAGUACUUGUCGGGUCAAUGGGUACGUCUCGCCUGCACCGCCUUCAGAUCCAACGAGUUUCACUCUUUCACAUUGACCUCAGCGCCGCACGAGAAUUUUCUCUCCUGUCAUAUAAAAGCUCAGGGACCGUGGACGUGGAAGCUCCGCAACUAUUUCGAUCCUUGCAAUUACAAUCCAGAAGUCGAGCGUCCGAAAAUUCGUAUAGAAGGCCCGUUUGGUGCGGGAAAUCAAGAUUGGUACAAGUUCGAAGUCGCGGUGAUGGUUGGUGGUGGGAUUGGAGUCACUCCUUACGCCUCGAUUCUCAACGAUCUUGUGUUUGGAACGUCCACUAACAGAUAUUCGGGCGUUGCGUGUAAGAAGGUUUAUUUUCUAUGGAUCUGCCCAUCGCAUAAACAUUUCGAAUGGUUUAUCGACGUUCUUAGAGACGUCGAGAGAAAAGAUGUUACGGAUGUACUUGAAAUCCACAUAUUUAUCACACAAUUUUUUCAUAAGUUUGAUUUGCGCACUACUAUGUUGUACAUAUGUGAGAAUCACUUCCAGAGGCUAUCGAAAAGAAGUAUAUUUACCGGACUCAAAGCCAUCAAUCACUUUGGUCGGCCGGACACGACGUCAUUUCUGAAAUUUGUUCAGAAGAAACACAGCUAUGUUAGCAAAAUAGGAGUAUUUAGCUGUGGACCACGUCCUCUGACGAAAAGCGUUAUGUCGGCCUGCGAUGAAGUCAACAAAACUCGGCGUUUGCCAUAUUUCAUACAUCACUUUGAAUAUUUCGGCUAGUCGGCUACACUACUUUUUAUUCGCAUAUAAAAUAAUGCUAUCAACUUGGUUGACAAUACUUUAUCGCAAAUUGCAACGAUUUGCAAAAUGUACAUAUUUAAGCGCUGAGAAGCGCUUCUUUUUAUUAUUUAUAAAUUGUCAUGAAUAUUACGCGUUACUUAUUGAUGAAUACGAUAAAAAAAAUAUUCUCCUCUC